AUCUGCUUACUUGUGCGAUGGACGUAGCUGUAAGCCCGACGGAUCGUGGAGCGUGUAGUUGUCGCUAGUCACCUUCGUUACCCCAAACGGUCAUAAGAAGCGCAGCGUGAGCUUGUUUAUGCUGAGUUUAACAUCUACAGAAAUUUACAAUACCAGCAGUCGCCAAGAGCAUUUAGCAUUUGGACUGUACAUAUGGCCGUGCGCUUGCAGCCAUUCUUGUCGCUGUAUUUCUUUUCGCUGCGUCCUACAUCGCGUCUUGAGCAUAAUAGGAACUGCUUGCCACUGUAAAAUAAAGUCGGAGAAGACUGCAUAGUCGAUUAAUUGACGUACUUGAUUUGUUAUCAAGCUCGCAAAAUUCCAUUCAGAUCGUAGCUACUGCAAGGUUACGGUACGAACUAGUCAAUCUUCAACUGGUAAUGCGACACCCACUGCAUACCCAGAAUGCACCAAAACACAUAGUAUAUCUUAAUCACGAAAACAUUGUCACUGCUUCAAAAUCCUUCAAACUUAAACGGCAAUAUCAGCUCAAGCCGCGUGACGCUGCGACAUCUCUAUCGUCUAUUUGAAAGCAAUCGUUCCUGGACUGUUGCUAGCAACAAAAUCCGGUGAAACUAUGGUCAAACAUGCCGCGCAUAGAAAGGUUUUGGCUGCUUAUGAAAUCAGAAGCGCGCGAAAUGGUUACCGGGCUACGGUAACGUAAAGCAUGACGAUGACUUAUGUCGAGUUUCCCGGCCUGAUGGUAGCAUUGAAGUGUGCAUGGAGUACGGGACGGCUCACAGGAUAAAUUGCCACCGUGGAAUCCGGACCUUCAUUCUAGGACGACCCGCAUCUACUGACUCUCACCGAUUUUGGUUGGUUAGCGCUCGUAACAGCGGAGUGCUGUAUGAUGACCGGGUUAUAGAAUAUAGAGAACGACCGACCUCAAGCCCAGUGUGAUUAAAGACUUUGGCGGAUGUUCGACGCAUUGGCAGCGUCGAUCUUUAUAUGCUGUGUGCAUCUCCAGCAAAUACUGGGUGGGUAUAUGAUGCCGUCACAACAUAGUCAACGCGUAUCGCAACGGCGAGCGUCUCGUGAAGCGUGGAUAGCGAUGCCCUCAUAAGGCAGUAUCCCCUCUGACUUCGCCCAUGUCAGCCAUGACAGCACGGACCAGGAGGCAUGUCUACAGAUUUGUGUCGUAUACAUAAGACACGAAGUGCCGCGUCUCUUGGACAUUGUCGCGCAUACUUAAUACGUAGCCAAAGGGCCAAGAAGGCCUCGCAAUAACGGAAACUAUCCCGAGGCGGCUUGAACGCUAGUCGCAAAUGAGUGAGAAAAAUGUUGCUUUCGACGACCAACUUGUCGAGGGUUCUUUCCUUUGCCUUCCCUAACAGCGACCCGAGGAGAAAAUAAACCUUUGCAGACGGUGUCUAGGACGACCUUAAGGUAAUUGUGAUGCUAAACUAUCUGACCUUGAGCUCAGGUGAUGUCAAUCUUUGCGGAAACCAAUAUUGCGGGCAUCACCAUUUUGUCGACGUCAUCUCUAAAGUUACGUUAAUGGGUCGACGCUCGGCACAUUGCAACGGAGAGCUCGCACUAAAAUAUUUUGUGUCGCUAAACGUUUCUGGACAGGCAUUGUUGGGCUCAGCAGCAACAUUGUUGCCAGAUGAUGAAAGUAAGCUCGAGGAAAGCAGCAUGAGCAAGGUCUUUGUCUACAUCAAACAUGGUCUUUGAAUGGACUACGAAGACUAACCAGAUGUAUCUAGCGAGAUAUAUCAAAGACGUUACUAUAAGUUUUAUCCGUUAGCUAUCCCAAAGAGGAAUACACAAGAAUAGACCGAGUAGCUG